AUGUCCUGCUUCGGAACGCGCAAGAAGCCUCUGUACAGAAAGAUCGUCAUCCUCGGCGAUGGUGCUUGCGGAAAGACAUCGCUUCUUAAUGUAUUCACACGCGGUUACUUCCCGCAAGUCUACGAACCAACCGUUUUCGAAAACUACGUCCACGACAUCUUCGUCGACUCCACUCACAUCGAACUCUCCCUCUGGGACACCGCCGGCCAAGAAGAAUUCGACCGUCUCCGAAGUCUGUCAUAUAGUGAUACCCACGUCGUCAUGAUAUGUUUUUCCAUCGACUCAAGAGACUCGUUAGAGAACGUCGAGGGGAGGUGGGUGAAGGAGGUUGCGGAGCAUUGUCCGGGGGUGAAGGUUGUGCUGGUCGCAUUGAAGUGCGAUUUGAGGGAGAUUGAUGUGAUUAAUCCUGCGGCGCAAUCAAAUACGAAUAGUGUGGUUGAGCCGUUGUCGAAUACUGGUGCGCGGCUGAUUGAUUAUGAUGAGGGGUUGAGUGUGGCGAAGAGGAUUAAGGCGGUACGGUAUUUGGAGUGUUCGGCAAAGGCGAAUAAGGGUGUCAACGAGGCGUUUACGGAGGCGGCGAGAGUGAGUGUUACGGCGGAAGCGAAGGGUGCGCAUGAGGAGGAUGUUGGUGGGAAGGACAGGGGAUCUGGAUGUGUGAUUUGUUGA